AUGGCUCCAAAGUCCAGGAGAGCCUAUGAAUAUGACGACGAAGCAUCGACAUCUUCUGGUUCUAAUUCGGAAUAUGAAGGUACAGAUGUCUUGCAGACAGCUUUGCGAGAUAAAGAGGAAGCGCUUGUACAGUCCGCGCUUGCUCGUAUUCGCAAAGCUCGAGAAAAAGGAAAAAAGGAUGUAAAACUUAAUCAGGAUGAAUUGGAUGCGCUGGAGAACAGACGAAAACGGAUGGAGGCUGCUGCCGCAAAAUCACAAAAGAGCGGUGCAAGUAGCAUGGAGAAGAAAAAGAGUAAAAAGGUCACUGUCUCUAUCGCUUCUAUCGACCCUAACAUUCCGACAAAGACGAAAAGCAAAUCGAAACGGGAUACCUCGCAAUCAAGGUCGUCAGUGUCGAAUCCACCAGGAAUCCUCAUUGCUGGCCCUGAUGGACCGGUAUAUGCUCCAGUUGGCUACUAUCCACCCAAUAGCUCAAGUCGUGGUUCACCGAGUCGUGCUCGAUCAACAUCUAUCCAGCAGCCUCCGCCCUUAUAUCCUUCGCCUCUUUCCAAUCGUCAUUUUUCAGAUGGUAUGCGUCCCACAUCAUCUUCAAGCACUAGCUCUCGCCGUCCUGUGCCGGACGACGAAGGCUGGGUGCCUGGUAGCUCUCGACGCAGCUCUAUUUCCUCCCAAAAUUACCAAAUCGACCCUUUUGAAUACCAAACUUCUUCAGCACAUCCACCUAGGAUUCCUGACCAUUUCUUUCAGCAUCAACAACAAGGCCGUCGAAAUAACUCUGGUCCUUCAGAGGUCUCUUAUUCGAUGGUUCGACGUAGUCCACCCGCUGGAAAUGGAUAUCCCGUUUCCUCUCGAGGACCUGCCUCCGACCCUGCUUUAAGAAAUCGUGGCUCUUAUCGUGACGAACUUGCGAACAGUUCUUCCUCGGAUCAGAGUGACGAACUUGGAAACGGGGCUCAGGUCUCUCCUGAGGAGCGGGAUCCGACGCCUCCGAAGGAAUCACGGGAAUCAAGGAAUGUUAGUAGGAAGCCUGUUGGGUCAUCUGGGAGGAAAAAGGGGAGAAGAUGA